AUGGGUCCCAAGUCAGCAUUCAACCGUAAAACUGCGACUAAAUUUGCCGUGGUUCACAGACCGCACGACGACCCGCGGUUUUUUGAUAGUGAGGCGUCAGAACAUGUUCUUGUUCCGAUUGACAGUCGGCAUCAAGACAAAAGUCGCGUGGCCGGUAGCCAUACGACUGGCAGUCUUGAGGCUGCCAGUCGUCCGGCCACUAAAGUGGCCGACAGGGAUGUCAACACGCACAUGGGUGAAGCGUCGUUGUACGGUAUAACGUUCGAUGAUUCCAAGUACGACUAUACGCAGCAUUUGAAGCCGAUCGGGCUGGACCCCGCGCAUUCUGUGUUCAUACCGUCCAAGCCUGCAAAUGGAAGCUCAAAAUUGCAGGUGGAAGACCUAUUUGUCGAGCCGGAAUAUGCGGUUACGGACAAGAAAAGUGAACCCAUGUUUUCACGAGGUGUCGCGAAACAAGCAUAUUUAGCCCAGCAACAGGAUGUUCACGACGAAAUUCGUGGGUUCCAGCCAGAUCUGAACCCUGCGUUGCGGGAAGUGCUCGAGGCGCUGGAAGAUGAGGCGUAUGUGGUUAACGAGGAUAUCGAGGUAAAACCCAAGCAACGAGUUCCCGACAACGAUGACAUAUUUGGCGAGCUGCUGCGCAGUGGAGAAGUUGACGAUGCCGAGGAUUUUGACGGGGAAUUUGACGAGUGGGAUAUCGACAAUCUGGAUGGAUACGAGCAAGAACAGUACCGGCACGAACUGGAGCAAUUUGACCAAGUACAGAAUUUAGAGGAUCUACAAAACAUAGACUACCAAGCGGACGUUACACGAUUCAAAAAAGAGAUCUCGAAGACCGGUUUGGACAGCGACGCAGAAUCCAACGAACCUGGUUUCGGUGACAGUGGGGACGAUUUGUCCGAGGAAGAGAAUGACACGGUGGGAGAGUUACCAUCAAUAAACGGGCCCAAAACAACCCGCAACAAGAAGAAAACGCGGCGGAAAAUGGGUGCAAAAUCUGACGUCUCAGGAUUUUCUAUGAGUUCGAGCGCCAUUGCCCGGAGUGAGGCCAUGACGGUGCUGGACGACAAAUAUGACAAUAUCAUAUCAGGGUAUGAGAAUUACGAGGAGGAACAAAUUCUAGACGAACAAGAAGUACAGCCAUUUGAUUUCGCCAACGAACGUGCUGAUUUUGAGUCUAUGCUCGACGACUUCUUGGACAAUUUCGAACUCGAACAAGGCGGACGGAAACUCACCAAGAAGGACAGCGAAUUGCAAAGAAUUAAAGACGCUGCAGACCAAGCUAGCAAGAGUAAAUUGUCUAUGAGACGGAAAAAGGAGGCCGCCAAGCGGAAUAAAAAUGGCGCAUCCACCGACUCGAUCGCCAAGGGUAUUGAAAGCCUGAGGUUUUAG